AUGAAGCUGUUACAGUGUAGCACUGAUGAUGAUGAUGAUGAUGAUCUUUCCGUGUCACAAUGUAUCACUGAAUCACUGCGACUCAAACUGAGAGUUCUACACGCGCUACAGACAGAGAUAUCAGAGCCACGCCUCCUCCUCUCGAGUGACGUGCAGCUCAACCAAUCAGAAGCGCGCUCAUGCCAGCAGCGGAAUUCUCCGCGGUGCGUUCAUAACGGGAAGGAUUUUGCGGAAGGCGACGUGCAUCGGAUGGACUCGUGUUGGCUCUGUCAGUGUCGGGCUGGAAUAUCAUUCUGCACUAAAGACGAAUGUGCCGAACCGGUCUGUGAUAACUUCUACGUUCCUGAGGGUGAAUGUUGUCCCGUCUGUAUAGAUGUGGAGCUGUUGUCGCUGGAGAGCACGAAGGCGAGCUGCUGGAUGGAUCAUAAACUGCGAGCUCACGACGAGCAGUGGAAAGAAGACGAUUGCACGUUCUGCCAGUGUGUGGACGGAGAACCUCACUGUACCGCGAUGGCCUGCAAACAGAGCUGCCAGAACCCCGUUAAAAUCCCCGGAGAGUGCUGCCCGUUCUGUGAGGAACCGUCAUAUGAGACGGUGAGUCCGCUGCUGUGCCCGCCACUGGAGAACUGCUCACUCUCUGGGCACGACUGCCCGUUCGGCUUCCAGCAGGACCCUAGAGGCUGUCUGCUGUGCCAGUGUGUGAGCAAUGACACCUGUCCCGAUUUGUCCUCCUACUGUUCUCUGGAGUGUCCUCUGGGAUAUCAGAAAGAUCACUAUGGUUGUGACGUCUGCGAGUGUAGAGUACCAAAUUGUCGCCCCAUGACGUGCAGCAAAACCUGCCCAAAUGGAUAUGUGAGGAACAAACACGGUUGUGAGAUGUGUCGCUGUGUGAAGUCCCCGUUCACCUGCGACAAACGCUGCAGCGACGGCUACAGGACGAACAGGAAGGGCUGCAGCAUCUGCGAAUGCAACGAUCAUCGUGUGUCCAGCACGAUGGCCUACGUUCAGCCGCUGCCCAGUUACUGUCUGACACAGAGCGGGCGACGCUUCGAGGAGGGUGACAGCUGGCACGACGGCUGCCGUGACUGUUACUGUCACGCUGGGCGUGAGAUGUGUGUGCUCAUUUCUUGCCCAGUGCCCACCUGCGCCAACCCUGUGCUCGGACCGGACCAGUGCUGCCCCAGCUGUGACGAUGAGUCUGGCAGCGGUGAGGUGGCAGGGAUUGAUAUGGUGGUGUGUCGCGCUCCAGACGGAGAACUCUAUGUGGAAGGAGAGACGUGGAGUUUGGACGAGUGCACGCGCUGCACCUGCAGACAGGGUCGGGUGCUCUGUGAUUCUGAAGUGUGUCCACCUGUCCUCUGCCAUGCGCCAAUCAACAAAGACACCUGCUGUCACACCUGCCCAGAAGACAAACUCAAUCCCAAACUUCCAGUCAACAACAGCCAACAGGAAUACUGCAUUUCUACCAAUGGAGAAAUCCUAUUGGCCGGUGAAUCAUGGAAGUCCAACGCCUGCACCAGCUGCACCUGUCACAACGGGACCGUCGAGUGUUUUUCGCAACACUGUCCACCUGCCAGCUGCAGAGUACCAGUGUUGCGCAAGGGCCAGUGCUGCCCACACUGCCUGGAGGGCACAACAACCUCGGUGCCAAUAAUGCUGUCCACCGCAGCGACCAAACCCAACGCCAAACCCACGGCUACCGUCACAGAGAUUCGGACGGCACGGAUCACAACAGUUGCUCCAGUCAUUGCAGUUACAGAUGACAGAGGUGCGUCUCGGGAUGCUCCCAGCCAGAUGGAGAUGACUCUCAUCUACCAAUCAGCAGCCUGGAUUCUGGCGGGAAUCCUCUUGGCCAUCGUCAUCUUCCUUAUCGUGGCCGUCCUCGUCAACCGGAGGAAGAACUGGGUGCAAAUGUCCUGCUACGGCGCACCCAAAAAGAUGGUGAUCCUGAAGAUGCACGUCAACAAGAACUCGGUCGUGUACAUGGAACCAUCCAAAGACAACAAGUUCCAGACCAUGAAGAGCGAUUGUACUGCGAACUUCCCCCUGGACGUGGGCUCGUCCUGUCCGGAACGGAUCGCCAUCCCACGAGCCAAACUCGCCAACGGACACGCCAGGGUCCAACGCUAAAAUCUCCCGCCGCAAACAUCUUCCGGAAGGCCUGCAGUGCACUUUCUGUCACUCGCUGCAUCUCUACACCACACUCCAGAAACUCCGUAUGCUGGCGACUCCUGAACGUACCGUUGAUUGAUCAGGAGCGAAGGAAAGAAGUAUUGUGAAAUGUUUAUGAUGUUUGGAGCGUUAAAGCGGGAACAACAGUUUCAUGGACGCAGAGUUCAGUGCCAUGUUGGGGAGACGCCUGAGAAGUUCAGAAACCAGAUGGACUUUUUUUUUACUGUAAAUGAUGCCGUAGAUAAGCUCUUGAAAGGCAGUUGUGUAAUCGAUACAGAUGAUCUUGACACCGGCACUCGGGACCGUCGAGGUUCCCAACAUGGACGGACAUGUUUCCUGACCUCUCGAUUCUGUUGUGUUUUGUUGUUAGUCACUUGUAAGCCUUCUGUCAUGAUGUUUAUAACAGUACUGUGAGAAACAGCAUUUCAGUAUUCAUAUCCUUAAAGGGACAGUUCACUCGAAAAUUAAAAUGAUCUAAUUUACUCACCCUUUUGAUCUCAGAUGUGUGUGACUGACUUUCUUCUGCAGAACACAUUUGAAGAUGUUUUUCGCACUAAAAUCGAUCGUGUGUCUUUAUAAGACAUUAAUGUAACCGCUGGAGUCGUAUGGAUGACGUUUAUUCUGACUGUCUGUGAUUUUUGGAGCUUCAUAGAGAAAACUCCAUUCACUUGCAUUAUAAGGACCGUCUCAGCUGAGAUAUUUUACUGUUCUGCAGAAGAAAGUCAAUCACACAUCUGCCCACGACGUCCUUUAGCAGCUUGUAUCGUAACGUUAAAAUCAAAGCAGAAUUCGAGUGAAUGCAGUUCUUUGCUAUUACUAAAUGUACAAAAUAAAGGCAUAGUAGAAGAUGAAAGUAUCUUAUUUAUUUUUUCACGUAGUUAUUUAUUAAUGCUAGUUUGCGUAAUUAUCGUCUGAUGGUCUGAUGCUAGCAGAGAAACCCAAAGCUGCUGUACAGAUUUUGUAAACCGUUUCGCAUCUGUCUGUCUUUAUACGCCCGAGCUUAUUUAUUUUACUUUUGCAACCUGUAAAUACAAACCUCUUAGAUGAUCAACUGUACACUUGUUUUGGCAAAUAAAAAGUGUGUGUGAACCAUUUGAGUGAUUUUGUGGAUUGAGCCGAGAGCUUUUAUUUCUCGCGCUCUGUACAUUUAACGUGUACAUGUAAGCGUUUUUUCAUAAAACACGGAAAAUUCCGUGUUUGGCGGGGAAAGAGUUAAUAGCAUGUGUAAAAUAACGUGUUAAUAGCAUGUGUAAAAUAACGUGUUAACUCUUUCCCCGCCAGCGUUUUUAAAAAAAAGUUGCCAGCCACCGCCAGGGUUUUUGACGAUUUUCGCUAAACUUUAAUGGCCCGCAGAAUAUUUUCUUCCAUGAAUGUAUGAAGAUGCUAUAUAUCAAAAUAAAGAUCUGAGCCUCUGCUUUUAGGCAAAAAAAAAAAACGAUUUUAUUUUAUCUUCAUUUGUUCUUUUUUUAUUGCCACUUGAACAGAGGUAGGUUUUGUCAAAAACAA